AUCCGUCACGUGUUAGGCAGUAUUUCCGGUUGCUAUUGUAUUACACAUCCAUGUUUUUCACCUCAAACUGUGGCUGUAAUGUGAUCUACAAAGGACAAAAGUGUCGCUGCUGGGUGAUUCCUCCGCCGUAGAGAGUUAGCUUCACGGUUGUCACGUCGUUGACCCCGGGGGGCAACAUGGCGAACUGUUUGGCUUUCCAGAGUCAGCUGAGCUCGAUCAUGGAGAUGUUAGCUAAAGCUGCCGUGUUAGAGAUCAGUAAACUGUGGGAGGACGGACUCGCUCGGGUUCAAGUGGAGCUUCGCAGGAGGGAAAACGAGAUUGAAACUCUGAACAAGAAACUGAAGCUGAUGGAGAGCGAGCGUUUGACGGUCCGGACUCAGACUACAAAUCUGUCCUCAUCAUCCUCCUGCUCUAAAAGAGAGCAGCACAACAAGCUGCUUCCCCCUACAGGUGCAGGUGAGAACUGCAGCUGUCUACUUUGACAAUGAAGGUAUUAUAGGUGAUCAGGAGUGCAAAAGUCCGGGAAUUUCCUUUGAAGUUCAUUUGAACAUUUAUAAUAAUACUAAUGAUAAUAAUCAUAAUAAUAAUAAUAAUAAGUAAUGAAUACAAUAGAAGACUUUAGAAUCAAAAUGCCCUUUAUUGUCAUUAUACUAACAGUACAACGAGAUUGGAGAGCUUCUCCUUUCCAGUGCAAUAAACAAGUAAAAAUAAAUUUUUUAUAUGUAUAUGGACAUUUAUUGCACAGGUUAAGGAUAUAGUAAUCAACACAGCAGCAGUAACAUUGGCAAUGUUGUACUUGUUCCCUCAUCUUGAGGGCUAGAGCAGGUUUAUGGGAGUUUAAGAUGGUGAUGGCUCGAGGGAAGAAGCUGUUUUUGAGUCUGUUAGUCCUUGCUUUGAUGCAUCUGUAGCGCCUCCCAAAGGGCAGCAGGUCAAACAGGUGUUUGACCUGCUGGUGUGAAGGGUCCUGAAUGAUGUUUUGAGCUCUGCUGAGGCACCAGGUGGAGUAGAUGUCCGUCAGGGAGGGGAGGGGAGAGGGCAGCCGAUGAUCCUCUGUGCUGUUUUGACUGUCCUCUGGAGCCUCCCUCUGUCCGCCUCGGUGCAGCUCCUGUACCAUGUGGUGAUGCAAUAGGUCAGCAGGCUCUCGAUGGAUGAGCGGUAGAAGGCCAACAGCAGCAGCUCCCUGUCCAGCUGGUUCCUCCUGAGGACUCUCAGGAAGUGCAGCCGCUGCUGGGCCGUCUUUAUGAUGGCAGUAAUGUUGGCUGACCAGGAGAGAUCAUCGCAGAUCUGGGUUCCCAGGAACCUGACGGUGUGGACCCUUUGAUGUAGAGGGGAGGGCGGGUCAAUAACAAAUGACAAAAAAAAAGAAGAAAAAAAACUUACUGUGAAAAUAAAAGGAUGGAAAUAAAAAAGCCACAAAGGAAGUGAGCUGCCGGGGACCAAGUUUGAAUUGCUCGUCUUCUCGCCGUCGUCUUCUCUGCUUAGAUCGUAAAACACUGGUGCAUCAUCAUUACUGGUCCCCAGCAGCUCACUCUUGUUGUGGCUUUUUUAUUUGCAUCCUUUUAUUUUUGCAGUAAGUACUUUUUUUCCCCAUCUCCCUAGUUUUUUUUUUUUUUAUCAUUGACUUCCGUUGUGACUUUUUUAAAAUCUGCACUGUUUCUUUUUCUAUUUGCCGCGGGUUUCGUUUUUUUUUUUUUUUUUGCAUCAGUAACUUCCGUUGUGACCUCUUUUUUUUGCAGCAGAGGCGGUUUUCGGAACAAGUGAAGCAUGCUGGACUCUUCUUCUACAGAGCCACACUGCUGUCCUUCAUGCAAACACGGACUGGCAUUGUCUUGAUGUAACUCCUGUCUGGUUAAAUAAAUGCUUUCAACAUGCACAUGCUUUGUCUUUUCAGGGCCUGUAAUAGAGUCAGUGCAGACACUGUCUUCUGAACAGAGUGUCAGAGAGACAGCAGACCCCUCAGCCAACCACAGAACACCUCCUCCACCACCACCACCAACGCUUCCACCUCCACCUCCACCGCCAAGGACAGAGGAAACCCAAAGCGAGCCUCUCAGGUCAGAUCAGCGUGAGAAUGACAGUAGAGACGAUGAUGAAGAUUUGAUCGUCAAACUAGAAGAUGAGGAUGAUGUGCAGAUCGUGGAGCAGACAGCAGACUCUGAUCCCUGUAAUAAAGAGGGAGCAGGACACCAUGAGAUGGAUCUGGACCUUCAACCGGCUGAAGCCGUGGAAGAGCAGGACAGCCAGCAGUGGUCUUUUGUUUUAGUGGGAGACAGCGACACAGCUGAUGAUUCAGACUGCUUCUUAGAACCAAAGCAGCUUUCACAAAACCUGGACUCAGAAAUCCUGCUCAUCCAGAAUGCUCUGGACAUUUUCGAUCACUCAGCGGAGACUCCAUACUCUGACAGGUUCGGUAGAGAUAACGGCCAAGCUGCGUCAAGCAAACCAAGGACCCCUGUGACUUUUAACCAAGCUCAACCAAGUCAGCCUUUAGAAGCAAUAGACCACUCCGAGAGAGGAGUGUCUGUCAGAAUCAACAAACCACACACUAAAACCUUUUCAGCCUUCAACCCCGACAACAGGUUCUUUCUGUUAAGCGACCCUGAGUUGCACAAAACCAUAGCGAGCCGCCGCAUAAAGGAGAAAUGGUUCAUCUGCCCGUUCUGCGGAAAGAGCUUCGACCGAGUCAGCCAUCUGGAGAUUCACCAGCGAAUUCACACCGGAGAGAAACCGUACACCUGCGACACGUGUGGGAAGUGUUUCUCUCAGAGGAGCAACCUGCGCACUCACCAGCGGACUCACAAAGAGGCUCUGGCUCAAAAUCCUGUUUGACUCAAAUGAGUUUAAAGGAUGGGAGACUAGAUCUCUGUGGCAUUAACGUUUAGAUUUACCGAUAAAUCUGUUUGUAUUUUGAUAUUACUGAGACGUGAUGUAGCCAACUGAUUUAACUGUGCAUUUCAUUAUUUUUAGAGUAAAUUAUAACUUUGGAAAAGCUUUGGUUUUAAAAACUAACUUUGGUACUUGUUAUGAAAAUACAACCAGUGAAGAGAUUCAAAUCAGUCAAGCCAAGUGAUGUGGUUAAAAACAAAGGACUCUUUUGGAUAAAUGAUGUGAAUUCAGUCAAACCUUUGACUCUCUGAUAUCUGAUAUCUUUGCCUUUUUUCCCCUCCUGUGUCCAUUUUCAGGUUCAGUGUGAAUCUGUGUCACAAAAAAAGUUCCAACAAGUAUUUGUUGUUUAGAUGGAAAAACAGAACUCACGCUGUCUUUGUUUUUGCUGCUGAAACAGAGAAUUUGGUCACACUGAUGAGUCUGUGAGACUUUGUCAGCUGACAUUAAUAGGGCCGACCAUAUGGAUUUUUUGGGGCCGAUGCCGAUACCAAAUAAUAGGGGGGAAAAACAUCCGAUUACCGAUUAAUCAGCCGAUUUUUAAUUUUUUUUAUUAAGUUAUAAAAAAUAUAUAUACUGUAGAUAUCUACAGUAUACUAUAUACUGUAGAUAUACUGUAGGUACUGCUCUUCACGCCAACGGGAAGACCGACUGAUCAAACUCGGACCAGAAAAGCGUUUUCAACUAACCCCCCAACGCCACCCCCGCCGCCGCCGUGGCCGAUCGGUGCCGCCGCGUCUUAACUCACGAAACUCAUUUCCGGUCCGGUCUCAUCUGGAGACAUGCAGCUGCCUCAGUAAGAGAAGUAGCUCGAUCACGUAAUGUGUACUGUUGUUAUUCUACCAUUACUGCCACGGCUAACAGUGUAGCAAGGCUAAUAGCAGAUGGCUAACUCUAGCUUUAGCUGGCAUAUUUCAUGGUGCUUCACCGUUAACUCGGCGUGACCGAGACCAGCACAGCGGGGAACAUGGUGAAGUGGGUUGAACUGAAACUUGUUGACUUAUCGGUAUUUCACAAACUGGUUCAUUUACCGUUGAGGUGGACCACUCUCCCUCUGUGCGUCCCUGAGCUGCCUGCUUCAGAUCCGUCACUCUGCUCUGCUGUGAGGUAGUUAGUGGAUGAACAUUGUCAUGAGGUCGCUGCGCCAUCUACUGGAUAAGUCGGGUAACUUUUGAAAUGGCGGAACAUUUUUAAAGUGAAACCGGAUCUUAUCCUCCGCAUUUUAUUUCUGAAAAUAUCGGCGAAAAUCGGCGAGUUUUGGCCGAUUACCGAUUAAAUGGGCUAAAAUUGUCUGAAUUGUCCAAUAAAUCGGUCGGGCCCUAAUUAAGACUUUUAAAAUCCCUAACAGUCAGAUACUUCAUUAGAAAAAUAAACAGAACUUUUUCAGUCGAGUUGAAAUCAAAAGCAUUUCCGUCUGGUCGGCAGAUUAAUUGAGUCAUGGAAAGAGCCAGACUGACUGUUUUCAGCCCGUAUGCAGAGCCAAACUAAACUCGCUGCUGAGCUUUGCUUCAUAUUUUCCUCUCAGGCAUUAAUGAUGCAUCUAUUUGUAAUCUAAUCCGUUAAAGGCGUUCCUACAAAAUGUCAUUUCAGCGCAGUGUCCACAUUUCCUCCAUCAUCUGAGUCCUAACUGUAAGCAUCAGAAGGAGGUUUAGCCAGGAAACACUAACAAACGCUUCAUUUCUGCUGCAGCUGUACUGACUAAAAUCCCUUUAACCUCAUGUCUGAGCUGAAAUAAGUUUAAUGUUCCCAGGUGACAAUAAAAAGCAGUGACUUUGUUUUGAUGCUGUAUUUUUAUGAAUAAACAUUUCAGCAUUUACACACCAGUUUCUGAGCGUCAUACAAAAACACUGAAUGGAUAUAAAAUAAUGUACACAAAGACAUUUACACGGCUUGUAGAUACACAGUGGUGCUGUACAGUUCCUCUUCUGCAUGUUUGCGAAUGUUCACAGGUAACACAGACAUGGUUCAGACGUGGUCUGUAAGGAGGCAGGUUUUCUGUGUUUAUGCAUGAACAAACUCCAGUUUGCACAUUUUGUCCUGCAGGUCCUCUGGGUAACAGCUGUUUGACUCAAACAUACAGAAGCUCCUAAAAACUCCUCUUUUUUACAUAUAAAAGCUUCUUAUUCACAGCAAAUCUUGAGUGCACUUAACUCUUCACUAGUGGGUGAACUGGAUCUUAGAAAUUGUUUGUCUUGGAUGUAAACAAGCGACUUGAAGGUAGCGGGAUCCACCUGGACACCAAGAUCCCAAAAGCAGCAGAUCCGGGGUUUAGUUCGUGAAGAGUGGAGCUGAUUGGGCAUCUACAUCUCCACUAGUGAAUUUAAAACAUUAACAGAUAAAAACACGUCCUAAUUAUUGAACGUACCCAAAGUUCCAGUCAUCUUGAGUGUGUGUGAGUGGCACCUAUUCUGUUUUACCAUCUUUUUUCAGGUAUCUCCACCGUCCUAUUUACUAAAAAUGCUUCAAAACUUUCAAAUUAUUUAAGGAUGGACUAAAAUAUUUAAACUCAAAGGUCAGAAAGAGUCUAAAUCUGGUCAGAUCUUAGCGUUUUUCCCACCGUGGUCCAUAUGGUUGAAACACAUAUCUCGUGUUUUCUCUCUGUCCAUGGUUAGAGUCUGUGCUCUAGAUGAUCUGACCUCUGGGGUGCAGCAGGAUGGCGUUGGAGUGCGGUUUGGGCCUGAGGACCCCGUUACUGUAGUAGAAGUGGUUGGUGAGAGCCUCUGAGAUCUGGUAGGAGCUGCUGUCAGUGUCGUCGUUAUCUUGUUCCUCCUCCGCUGACUGGGUGGAGGCCCAUCCCUCUUCAGGCGGAGGGUCUCCCCCUGUGGGCUGGCCCUGGUCUGGCUCUCUGGGGCUGACGCCGUCCUCCUGCUGGGCCUUCAGGGGAACCAGGGAAGAAGGCAGACCUGAGUCCUGGUAGAAACGGAUAUAGAUACAUUUGAUACCUCUUUUUUUGUGUAAACUUAACUGGGGGCAAGAUCCAAAAGUCUUGGUAGAAACGGUUUAUGAUGUGUUCGGACUUUUGAACUGGUGUAUAACAACCAGAAUAUAGAAAAUCCUCAUGAAGAAGAACUGGAAUCUGGACUUUCACCAACAAAGGGGCGAGCGGGGGAGCGUUUCAAUCUAGAAUCUGACUGCUAGAUCUGACACUUGGACCUCAUCUCUGACACAUACCAGCGACAUGUUGCUGCUCUUCAGGUAUGACUCCACCCUCCUCCUGCGCUCCUCCUUCUCUCCGUCCAUCUCUGCUCCUCUCAGGCUCUCCCUGCCGUCGCCCCAGACGACGGGCCGCCCCAGUUCGUCCACGUCCACCCCUCCUCCGGGCCCCCACUUCCCGCCCAGAGUGGACUGGCUGCCUUUGUAGAUGGGACGCUCCUGCAGGCGGGGGAGGAGAGGCAAACAGUCACAACACUGAUAACAAGUGUUUGCAGAGAUAACCUGAUAGUUGAGCUGUCCCUGAAACCUCCCCCUUUAAAAUGACACAGUAGAAACCGCGGUGGUGUUGAUGUUGAUCUUAUUUGCUGUUAUAAUUCAUAAAAUGUCACGGCUAUAGAUUAAAAGUACUUCUUUUAUUACUUUGAUAGUCAGAGUUUCAAAGUUGUUCAAACUCAUUAUUUCCUGGAUCCGUAGAUUUAUUUUAACAGCUGGUAAAAAUCAGAGAAAACACACCAGCCUCCUAAACUUUAAAAACCAAAAAGUGUCUUGAGACCGAGCCUCCCCCUCUUCCAUUGGUUUCCAACCUUGGGUCUGGGCCCCCUGGAGGGUCACCAGUGAUCUAAGGAGGGGCACAAGCCUUUGUCUGCUCCAGAUCUCUAAAAAUGUGAUUAGCAUCUAUUAAAGGCACUGAAGCGAAAUUUUAACAGGUUGCGAAACAUCUGAAACGAAUGCUUACAUAACCUUCAGAAAUAAACAAGUCUAUUAGCAACAAGGCAGAGAGUCUUCAGAAAAGUCUUCUAUCCUACCUACUUAUUAUUAUUUUAUUUUGGUUAUUUAUCAUUAUUUUUAUUACUUUAUUAUUUUUUUCUCCCUCCUUUGUCUCUAUUGUCUGUUUGCACUGUAUAUAUGUUAUCAACCACCUGUCAUAAUCGGUCCUGCAUCACCUAGUAAUAAAAAGGAAUAAGAAAUAAAGUAUUCUAUCACUUUGUCCACAGGGGGCGCCAAAAUCGCCACAAACAAAAAGUUCCUGACAGCGGCUUUAGGUGCUUUUUACCACAGGAAUUUCCCCCAGGACCUUCUCCAGGAACUCUGCAUGCUGCGACCACAGGAACAAGCGUCUGGAUUUAGUUCCAGGGUAAAAGAUCUACCCCUUAAAGAGCUCCCAGGAACUUUAAGAGGCAUCAACAAUUGAAGAACUGGCCGUCAAUUUACAUAUAAAAUAACACAGACGGGGGGAGGGAGGUUCUUAGAUUAAAUCCUACCUGAUGUUACCUGAUCAGUAAAACUCUGUGUGUUACAUCUAUUCUGAUUGAUUCUAUUGUACUGAAUCUUAUUAUGAACUCUUUCUAACUAUCUUCAUCCCUUCUGGCCGUGUGUGUGACCCCCCCCUCUUUUGCAAAGACUUGAUAGGGGGAGAGGGGGGUUUACCCUCGGGUCAGAAACUCACCAGAGACAUCUCACUGUUCUUCAUUCGGCUGUCUACCCUCAGCAUCGUCGCGUAAUCCUCGGCCUGCACAGAGCGAGAGAAAGUUAGAGAAGAAGAGCACAAAAGAUCGAUAAAAUGAGUCAACCUCGAUGCAGCGUUAAUGAUAACUGAGCUCAGACUCUGAAUGUUGUUUAUCUGAAGCUGCAGCAGCCUGUAAUCAUCACGGCGGCUCCACCCCGGCUACGCCCGACCUGAGGGGCUGUGAGUAAACUCUGCAGGUGAUUGUUCUCAGCGUGAGUGUGUGUUUGUGUGUGUGUUCGUACCGGCACUCUGGAGUCCGUGCUCACUGAGUUGACUCUCCUGAAGGAGGCUUGUCUGGAGAAGCUGUUCAUUUCCUCGCUGGGGGGAAAAAAAGACGACAGAGAAUUCAGAGGAUUUUUCUAGAAAUUGAUCCAAGUGGAUUUCUAGCGUGAUCAGUUUUUGGGUUUCAAAGAAAUGCACACAAGCGUACGUUUUCUCACUAAGCUCCCUCUCCAGUUUCCUGUUCCUGUGUCGGUGGUACCGGUUGACCAGCAGGACAACAAUGACCAGGACCAUGAUCAAAGCUCCGGCUGCAGCUCCGAUGAUGAUGAGCAGCUGGUUGUCGAUGGGAGGACUUCGAGGAGUUCCUGGAGGAAAGGAAAGGAGGAUGAAAAAGUUGCACACAGCAGUCUUAAUCCAAACUGAGUUUACAGCAUGUGUAUGUGUCUUUAAUUUGCCACUAGGGGGCAGCAAAUAUGUACAACAACUCAAACUCAAUAGGAGAAUUUUUCUGAUUUUUUUUGUCUCAUGAUUUGUCUCUAAAACACCAACAAGUAGCAGCUCAGUUUCACGUUUUCAUCACCCACUGCGCUGAAAUUCCUCAAUCCCAGCUUACCUGUUACUGUCAAUAUGUGCUCUGCUUUCCCCACUCCCACGUCGUUCCUGACCACACACUCAUACACCCCGCUGUCAUUCAUGCGGAGGGCCCGCCCAAACACAAGCCUCUCUCCACUCGCAUACGCCCCAUCCGGCAGAGCUCCUCCUCUCCUGUGAGACGAUCAGAAGUGAACGUCAGCAUUGAUUUGAAACGAUGCGUCAGAGACGUUGACAAAAGGUUAAUAAAUACAAAACGGAUGAGUCAGUGUUCGAAACAAAAGCCGUGAGUCACUUUUAAAGAUUGAGAAAAGAAGUAAACAAAGUGCAAACCCAUGUCAAAGUAUUUCUGUGCAAGUGUCACAGCAGGGAGAACAUCGAUAUGUCAUGAAAGUGUUGAAUUACAGAAGUUUUCUGGUGGAUUGAACACCUCACAGGAUCAGAUUCAGCGCAGAGUAGUGUAACCAUCAAUUCACCUGCGCCUAAACCAAAACCUGCUGAGCUCAGAGUUGGCGCCCAUUGAUCUGAAAAGGCCCGAUAAAUAGCAGGUUUCAAGGAUUUAAGCCACUCCAGCUACUGAAUCCCACACUGUGCAGCUGAAGAAAUCACAGGCUGCAUAAUGGAGCGCCAGUUUCUGAUCAGGUCCACAGAGAGGCUCAUGUUGCUCCUGGUUUCACUGUGCUGCAGCAGCAGCUUUCUAAGCUCCAGCUUCACUCCCCCCUCCUAAAAACUGGAACAGGCUCAGAUUUCUUCUCUCCAAAACCCCACCUAGCUCCUCUCACCAGCCUUUUAUCACAGAGUCACAGGUGGAGAUCGGAUCUGACACAGAGUAGAUGGUUGAAAACGAUAAAGAUGAGGCGUGUAAUCCACCUUCAGCAGCCAAAAAGAUUCGAGGAGUUCUGGUUCAAUGAAACAGGUUGCAGGUUGGGAUAUCUUGUUACCUUUGGGCAGAGGGCUGAAACUCUAAGCAGAUUCAAACUCUUUAGUUUGUGAAAACCAAAACUAGUCCUCUUUUAGUCAAAUUAGCCACUUAGAACAAUCUUUUAAAAACAACACAUACAUUAAAAUUCAGCGUAUUUUAUCAUCCCUGCAUGCAACCCGCUCUAAGCACCACAAAAGACCGUCAGUGCAGAGUGUUGGAGGUAAAAGCAGAAUUAGAUUAGCAGACUGUUUCUAAUCUUUGUCUUAAACUAACAUUUACAGCACUGAGGAGGAAUGAGUUACCUCUGAUAAAGCUGUUUACUGUGAUAAUUCUGCUUACAGAUUAUUCACCAUGUUUUUUUAGGUAGUUUAAUAUCUAUCAUUUAUCAUUUAAUAUAAUCAUUUGAAUCUUUGCACCUAUCCUACCUUAUCACUUUCUGACAAAGCCUAUCAUGUGGUUUGUGCAUAUUUCCCCCAACAUACUGUCUCAUAGGGUAUCAUGUGGUGUGGUGUGGUGUCAUGACAGAUCAUAUCAUGUCAUGUCGUGAUAUGAUGUGACUUAUCUUAUCAUGUUGUGACGUCAUGAGACAUAUUGUGGCAUUUUUGUAUCAUGGUGUAUCGUGUCAUAUCAUGACGUGACAUAUUGUGAUGUUUGUGACCUAACAUAACAUAUCGUGGCGUAUCAUAUCAUAUCGUAUCAUGUCAUGAUAUGAAGUGACUUAUCUUAUCAUGUUGUGACGUAAUGUGACGUAUUGUGGCAUUUUUGUAUCAUGGUGUAUCGUGUCAUAUCAUGACGUGACAUAUUGUGAUGUUUGUGACCUAACAUAACAUAUCGUGACGUAUCAUAGUGUAUUAUAUCAUUACAUGUCCUGUCUUAUUGUAUCAUAUUAUGUGAUGUAUUGUGUCAUAUUUUUGUGUAUCAUAUCAAAUCAUACCACGUAAUAUCAUACCAUAUCAUAUCAUAUUUCCUUGCCACAGUCACUCAUGUUGUAUGGGUCAAAUCUUUCCUUUCAAACCUUAUCGUAGUUUUUGGUAUUACAGAGUGUUAUAGUGUACCACAUUAUAUCAUAUCAAAUCCAACUGUAUGAGCAUAUUUUCUAUCAUUGCAUAUUGUAUGAAUGUUUCCUAUCAUAGUGCAUCAUAUAGAGUCCUAUCAUAUCAUAUAUCUUAUCAUAUCAUAUCUCAUCCUGUGGUUUAACUUCCAUUCAGUGUAAAGUAAAUGGUUCUAUAGUCGUAAAGCUGUGGUUUAAAGCAGCUUCCUCAACCCUCCAUAUUUGCUUGAACGGUAAUACAUUUCUCUUGCAGCAUUAAAAUAAUCCUCUUUUAAUCUUGUCUAAACAGUACAAGUUUGUACCGAUGUAUGCGCCGAAAGGUCUGUGGAGUUGAAAAGGUUUAAUCCAGAUAAUCUUAAUAUUGUCCGGAUUGUCUCAUGUGUGAAACAUUUUUCACUCGGCUCACAAUAUUGGAUCAUUGUGUGUUCAGUCGCAGCUGUAAUGGCUGCUGCGGUGUCUCUAAUUAAAGUACAGACCCUGUGUUUUAGCAGGCAUUACAGUGAUAUUUAAAGCAUGGCUCUAUGAUUAAGUGCUUAGCAUUUGUCUCCUGCUCUUCCUCGUGUCGCAUACACCCUCUCCACUGUGAGAAUAUUCCUCUCACUAACUUUAAAUACGGCAACACGACACCUGAGCUUUUAUUCUGCUGUGAAUCGAGCCGAGGGAGAAAAGCAUCCUCCUUUAGAUUCGAGCACACGUCUUUGUUGCUCACAGGUGUGUAGUCUGUGUGUGUAGGUGUUAACCGUGGCCUAUUUAUGUUUGGAGACACAUUCCUCUGCCAUGUAAAGAACAGUUUAACAGCACAGAUUGUGUUGCAGCACGCUGAAUUAACAUGUAAUUGUCGGGUGAAGACAGAUUCAGACUAUAGAUAUGUGUGUGAGCAGCAGACAGGCUGAUGAUAGUACCAUGUCCAGGUGAUGUUAUCAGGUUUGGGGUUUCCUCCAGUCCUGCACACCAGCUCCGCUUUCUCCAAACCAGCAAACCAGUCGUCUGUACCGGAAGUGAUAGUGGCAUCUGGAGGGUCUGACACAGAAACAGAGGCAUGAGCAGAGCUGAUUUUAUCUCGAAUUAGACAAAUAUGACGCUGCUUCAGAAACUAACAGAUUUUUAUACGCUGAACACUCAAACUUUAACAUUUUCUGCAAGUCCUAAAGUUUAGUUGAGAUGUCAAACUUUGACAUACUUUGAGAUUGGAUAUGUAAUUAGUUUUUCACUAAUUAAAUUUAAUGGAAUUUUACAGGAUCAGUCAGUUUAUGACGAAGAGCACUGACUCUCUUCUCGUUUUUUUGCUGUAAAUAUUUAAAUGUAUAUAAAAAAGUAAUUAUGUUUUACAUUGCAUUAUCAUUUUACAUUUGCCAAUGUUUCAUUUUAAUUUUCUGCAUAUAAAAUGUUGAAAACACUAAAUUUUAGUCUCAGGGGAUGGUCAGAGUUUAAACUUCUGUAAGAGACUUUCUGUUUGUGUCAUCUUUGGCGCCCCCUGUGGACAAAGCUGUUUUUUCUUUUCUUAUCCAAUUACAAAAAAAAUAAAAAUAAAAAAUCAUAUCCUGCAGACUCUUAAGAGUCAAAUGCAUCAUUUAUUGAGAAUAUUUUGAAAUUUUCAAUCUUGCUGUUGAUGGUUUUUUUGCUUUUGUGCUUCAUAAAAAUGUUUUAAAAUAAGUUUUAGUUUAUUUUAUCAACAUAAAAACUCCUCACAGGAGCCUCAAUGUGAAGUCCAAUCUUAUUGAUCGAUUUCAAGUUUGUCCAGGACAUUUUCAAGUUUAGAAAAUACUGCUUCAUAAAAUAAACAUGUCACACAAGAGGAUUAAGAAGUAUCUGUUUAUACACUGAUUUGUUGUUUUAUCAGUUUUUAUCGGCCGCUGAUCUAAUCUAACAGGAGGAUCUCCUUCCUCCUGCUCAGGACAUGAAACCAGCCGCAAGACUGAUUCAAAAAUUAAGUUGGGUUUCUGUCAGUUAUCAUGAUACAGGAUUUUUUUUAAAUUUCGGCAUUUGAGAAUCAAAAGUCUUUUUGCUUGAAUCAAACUGAAGUUGAGAGUCCAGUUUUAUGAAUUUUUCAAAAACGUGUGACUUGACUCCAAUUAUGCUGUUUACUCGUCUGCACAAAGAGCUGGUUUUCCCCUUUAAACACUGAGCUUUUCUUCUCCCUGUCUGCACCACCAGCGACGUUAGAGGAAGCCUCAUCACUCCUGAACUUUCCCAAACCUGUCAGUACUGUCUAAUGUUUAGUCGACUGUCACCCAUUUAGUUUUUCCCACAAGUAAGGUUACGCUGUGCAAAUAUCUAGAGGGGGAAAUAAAAGUCAUUGAUUGAAGUAAGACUAAAAAAGGAGGAGCUAAAACAGUUUGCCGAGAGCCAAGAGGGGAAAAUGUUGAUUGUGUUCACACAAGUCAACAUUUCUCUAAAAGUUUGUAAAUAUAAGGAGUUAAACUUGCUGCUGUGGAAGUUUCUAAAAAAAGACAAUAAAAAAUGCAAAUGGAGGAAAAAAAGAGUUAAGAAGUUGUUAAGGUUGCUCAAGAAGUGCAGAAUAUCUAGGAGAAACUUUUACUUUUACUUUCACUUAUUCCGACACAACUAUUUCAAAGUAGCUCCUCUUUUAGUCUGCUUCGGUCUCUGUACUCACAAUGAACCACCAGCCAGUUGGAGAUCCUACGCGGCUGAUCCAGGCCGGGGUGCCAAACCAAACAGUCCAGCUUCUUCCCGUUCAUGCUGCGCAGAGGGUGCAGGGAGUAGUAGCUGGACACCGACCCGCCCACAUUGGAGCGGUUCGUGGAUUGACCCGGCAGGUCUGUGUCCCAGGCGAGGCGGGGAGACGGGCGGCCCACAGCUCGGCAAGAGGCGGCCAAACGGAAGGACUGACCCUCCACCAGGAUGACGGGCUCCAGAGAGGAGAUGGGUAAAACUGACGGAGGAGGAGAAGAGUUUAGGGUUACAAACGCUCAGUGGAGUUAAAGAUUUAAACUCUCCUUUCACUCAAAAAUGUGUUUCCCUCAAUGUGACCGCACUUUGAUGUUUGUCAUUUACUCCUCUGAUUGAUCCAGUUUGACACUUCAGAGCUGUUUUCACAUUCCUCUCAUAAAACUGGAAAGUUUCUCGGCUUAAAAUCUGAGUCUGGGCUGAGAACAUUCGAGACAAGGCGAUGUUAUCAGAACUGGUUUUCAGGACUUCAGUAAAUAGGAGUUAAUAUCAGCAGCUUCCGAUUGUUUUCUAGGGUUACAGCAGAGUUUUAAUCCUUACAUUUUGUUUAUUCUGAGUAUAAAUAUCACUUUAUUUAGACUAUUUCUGUCUGUAUGAUGUUAAACUGUGGAUUUGUGUUGGAGCAGGUUCUGAUCCGUGUAAAUGUCCUCAAAGAGUUUCUUUAUCAUCUUGUCAUCAUGUGAUCUUUUAUCAAAACCAAAACAAAAAAGGAUUAGCAUUAAAGACAAUGAUCCAAACCUCUUAUGUUAUGAAACUCCCCUAUAAUUAGGCUCUAUUAGUGAAUUAAGGUUUAAUUAAUACCGCUUUAAGCCUGCCUUAAACCGAUUUGACUCCAUGUGAAGUUAUCUAAGAGGAAAGUUAUUGUUUCCGUCGUUGUCAUUGUGCGUCAGAGACAAGUCUGAGCAAGAGUCGUCAUAAUUCAACAAUUAUUCAACAAUUACUCUGAGAGUUUUGAUGGAGGGAUUGAAGGGGACAGAUUUCCAACCAGAAAUUUGUCAUGAAGUCACAAUUUGUGGAAGAAGACAACGAUCUUACAAAACACGUAAAAACCUGAUGUGUCAUUUUCUUCUGUCUUCAACUGGUUCAACACGAUUCUGAUUCACACCCCGGUCAUCACGUCCUCCGGCGCUGUAAACGCUCUCAGAGCUUACUGAGUCUUUCCGCUGAUGUUUUGGAUUAUUAAGGACCAAACAGGUAGUUAGCGUUAGCAGGAAAAGGUCUUAAAAGUUAAAUCUUCAUAAACAGAAACUCCAGAAAGACAUGACCUCAUGAGCGUUUGACUGACAGGUGAUCUCUGGAUCUCACAGAGAGGGCGCCACAUUGGUUUUCUGUUCCAUCACAUCUCACUUAAGAGUUUACACAACUUCCCACAGAAGGAACGGUGUAAAAAAAUAUAGUUUAUGUUUACUUUGAGCAGCCGUGUCUCACUUUUUUCCCCUCAAGGGUCCUGCAGGCUCAGCUCUCCUUCAUUACAAUCAUGUGAGAAAGUCUGAGAUCCACUCGUACAGAGACAACUCCGAGCUGGAGGUUGUCAGUUAGUGUUUUUCUGUUGACUCGCUCUGAUCCGAGGCGUGUUGGGACAAGCCGAACUGUCACCAACUGAUGAAUGGGAGCAAAGUGAUAAGUCAUUAAGACCGGAGAGCAUGAUUGCAGGUUAACAGCAGGAGAGAUUCAUCGGGAACGACUUUCUCACAGUUACUUUUAUGGUAACAACGAGAUGGUGACACAAUUCACAAGUCAGGAUGAAGAUUUGACAUAUUUGAUCUGUUUUGGAAACAGGAGUGGUUAAGGUUUUUUUGGACGCUUUCCACAGAGGAAGAGCUCACUUGAAAUUUCAGGUCGAGCAGAAACUCGGGGAAAGUUGCAGAACAUCUCGUCUGAUGCAUAUUUAUCUGUGGUUUUGCACAAAUGAAUUUACUGCUUUGAGAUUCACGAGAAAUCUAAAAGAGAGUCGUAACUGAACAGACUUGUUUAACUGCAAGGGCAUUUCUCCAGAAGUACUCAGGAAGUCUCAGGAUCGAGGGCUUGGGUGCAAAUCAGUGAUUCUUUUGCAAAAGAGAUGAAAUGUAAUUGUAAUGCAUCAAAAAUUGGUAAACUUGUGGCUUGAAACUGUUUGCUGCACCUGCUGCUUUGACAUAAAUCAGCUCAGGAGUUUGACAGCUGUGAUGUUAUCUUACCACUGCAUCACCAAAACGCCUCAUGCAUGCUGGGAAAUCAUCUUUUUGUUGAUGAUUUUGUGUUACCUGCUGCUGCAUCAAAACUGCUCUGAGGCCCCCUUUUUCACUCUAAAACCCUAAAAUACCCCCAUUACUGAGUGUUCAUGGCCACGUCGGCAAACCUGCAGCUCACCCCCUGGUUGGCAGUGCCUUCAAUGGAGAUGAUUACAGUCUAGACAUCAUUACUGCAGCUCUGACAGGAUUAAGAAGGUGUGUACGAGAAGGAAGAAGCAGAACUCUUACUCCAGACGGUGAGCGUGAUCUGUCGCUCAAAGUUCCCGUUGGGGAAGGUGGAGAUGUGGCAGGUGUAGCUCCCCUCGUCCGACUGCUCGGUGCUGGGGAUGAGCAGAGCCGAGUUCUCUGUGGGCCUCCCGCCCUCGAACCUCACCCGGCCGGAGUAACGCCCAAACUCUGACACAACAAAGCAAAGAAAGCCAUUAUCCCUCACAAAUCUACACACAUGAAUUACACUUUUAACCACAAAACAAAGACGGGAAAAUAAUUAGCUCAGGGUCAUAUGUUAUGACGCAGCAGGAAAGAAACAAAGCAGCAUUUAUCCAGUGACGCUCAAACUCAGGUGAAUAACUCCAAUACAGAGCUGCACAGGCCUGAGCUGUGACGUCAUUUUAACACGCUGUAGAGUUGCCAUGAACCAAAAUAUGUGCCAAAAGUUUUUAGAAUGGUCUUUCUGAUGGAAUGUAUGGAUUUAACAGAAAAUAUAUUUGAUCAACAAUAAAGUAACUGAGGUUUAUUUUAAAAUGAUUCACUUAAUCUAUCCAACUAACCACUUCCUUAAAAAAUAUUGAUCUGAUAUCUUGGACUCUCGUGUAUUUUGUACCGUUGAAAAAGAAAUAAUUGUACAUUAUUUUUUGACUGUAUGCAUGUUAAAUUUUUUUUGAUUGAGAUUGAAAGUUUAUCUGAAUCGUCUGGAUGUAAGAUAAACCUGCAAAAGAGAGAUACUAUUUAUUUAUUUUGAAAACAAGAACAUGGACCGGAGUCAUAUUUCUUUGUUAAACCUUUUUACUUUGUAUGGAAAAUUUUAUAUUUACAAAUGUAAAUGGUCUAAAAAGAAACUAAAUAUCCACCAUUUUAAAAAUGAAAUGAAGAUUUAUUUAAAACACUAACUGGACUAAGAAAGUGAUUCAAACUAUGACUUCCUACGAAGCCUUGAGGUCCUCUCUAUGAUAUGUCAUGAAUGUAUGAUCCCCAUGUCCUAAUUCACAUUGUAACUUAUGUAUUUUUGUACCUGACUAUGAAUUUUGGUUUUUCUUUUCUUUCUUUUGCAAAGUCUUGAUUCCUCUUAAAUGAACGUAGCUACCCCAUGUUCAAUAAUAUGUAUUUGUCAUUGUUGAAGAGCUGAAAUAAAGGUUUGAAAGUAACAUGUAUAAUAACAUAAAAAUAUUUAAACCAACUAUAGAAGUAUUAAAAGAUUUAUAUAAGUAAACUAACAAAAAAAAAUCCUUCAUUCUGUUCCUUCUCGAACUGUUUACUUUGACAUACAUAUGUUGUGUUAAUUUAUCUUUGACAUGCAAGUUGUUUGGUCUACAUAUGUAUUAUUUUGUUUGGUGUUUUUGUUUCUUGUUUUUUUUUUUGUUGUUCUUAAAGUUUGAGAUAAAUAAAGUAGAAAUAAAAAAGAAAGCAAACCAAAAUAUGACCAGGCCUUGAUCGCUUUGUCAUCUGACGUAAUAAUAAUUAGAUGAAUGAAAGGUGUGACCGGUGACGUUUGGUUCUGACGCUCAUUCUCUGCAUGAAUAUAAACGACUGUUUGACUUUAAGCUCUUUUAAUUGUAAAGUAUGAAGACGUGAAAUUGCAUCUUUAAUCUGUUAACUACAGCAGUAUUGAUGCCAUGUUCUGGCUUAUAUAACUGCAGCUCACCUGUGUGCCCGUCUGUAAAGUGAGCUGUGAUGAUCUGCUCUUUGCUGCCGCCUGGGAGCUCCUUGUACCAUGUGACCUGCACCACCUUCUCCCCGACCUGCACCUGGUAGCGACAGGGAAGUCUGGUCUGACUCUCAGCCAUGGAGCGCAAGGAGGUGACGGGUUUAGGAGGCUCCACAAACACACUCUGCACACUUACAGCUGAGGAAAGGGAGGAAGAGAGAGGGAGACGGUUGACUGAUUGUCAUUAUCAUGAUUAUUUAUCAAUCGUACAGGAACAUAUCCACACGUAAAUCUAAACUAGGUUUUGGUAGCAUUCUAGUUUGUGGGUAGACAGCAGAGGCUGAACAACUGGAGCGUACAGUGUUUUGGUCUAAAUGAACCUCAGAGCUCCAAGGUAAACAGAAUCCAGAGAGUGAAGGCAUCAAGAUGAUGCAUGCAUUUAUAAAACAUCACCACAAUAAACCAGGAACAUCGAAGAAGCAGCAUUAUGAGCCUUGGUUUAUCAGAAUUCAACUCAUAAAAGGUGUCCAAAGUAUCUUGUAAGUCACAUAGAUGACCUAUACAUGAUGACCAAUACUGUUGAUAUAAAUUGUAAAUUACAGUGGUCCUCGGGUAGAGCCCUGGGGGACACCACGCACUAUUUUAAUCAAUCAAGGCCAUAAACAAAACACCCUAAACUGUUGUUGAUCUAUAUUUUUAAAUGUCAGUGAUUAUAGAUGUCAUGUUUACAGACAUGAUAUCAGAUUUUAUUCUCUCUAUUCACUUCCAAACAGCUCUUUUUUACCGUUUUCACUCUCCUCAUAUUGUUUCAUAUCCGACAGGACUUAACCUCAUCCCACGAUGCAUCAGGCCAGCAGUUUAGUAAACUCCAGACAGGUUUGUUUGCAGACAGACAAUAACAUUCUCACCUACGGGCAGACACCGCUCCGACUAUCCUGUCCUGCUUGUGUGUUGACACAGACACACAAAGGUUCACGCUGCAGGCUGAUACCACUAACAGUUUUAACAAUAGUGCUCUAAUACUUUCUUUGAAAGCAGAAAUCUGUCUUUUAUGGUGGAGAAACGUGCCGAGAAAGAGCAAGAGGAGAGAUUUGAUGCUUUAUCGGGGAAUUUAAAUCAAGAGAUGGAGUUAUAUCAGGUUUUUUAAAACUGGAAAGGAUUUGGUUGUAAUUUUCAGAUUAUUUUUGUACCUUUAAAACUUAAAAACUCUCAAAGAAAACAGUAGAACAGAAAACAGGAGAGAGAGAGCAUGGGGGGAGAUGCAGAACAGAGGACACAGGGUGGGAUCAAACUGAGGCCAUCUGCAUGUGUGGGGUGUGGUGUGGGGUGCAUAAACCUUUUGUCUACCUGUGCUCUGAUAUAAAUGUUUAAUAGAUUAUACGAAUAAGGCUUUUACUGAAUCACUUCUUCACUUCACUUAAAGAGUUUUGGCUGAAUUUUAGUUUUAAAACUGACUAAAUCAAAUGUCAGAUUUCUCUUGUAGUAACAUAUUUUUUAACUGCAUCAUUGAAAACUAGGGCCCGACCGAUAUGGAGUUAUAUAAAAUAUAUAUAUACUGUAGAUAUACUUUAGGUUACUGCUCUUCAUGCUGACGGGAAGACCGACUGAUCAAACUCGGACCAGAAAAGCGUUUUCAACUA